AUGGACGCUGGUUUGUCUGCUAUUAGAAACCCUGGCGGAACAGGUCAUCGCGGUUCUUCCCAGGCACAAAUGAGGAACCAGUUGCUGCAAAGUGACAUAGGCAACCUGGAUAUAAGAUAUGAGAUACCGAACCAACCAUCGUAUUCAGGACGAGGCUCGCAACAAUAUUUUUCAAAUCAACCUGAAUAUACAAAUCCGCAAUUUAGAGGGCUACCACCGCAGCAGCCUCAAGGUAAUCCUCAACAGCCAUUUAACAGAGUUGCAUAUCCAUCCUAUCCACCAAUGGGUGCUAACAUGGGGCCUCCAGCAGGUCCGCGUAUGGGACCGCAGAUACCACAAUAUCAAUCAACCCACGGAAGGAAUUCCUCUAUGAGACCGGGCUCACAAAUGACGCAAGGCCAAGCUGGAAGAAGAGCCUACUCUUUAAAUCAAAAAUCGCUCUCAAGUUUCUUCAAGGGCCCAAAAUUUUUGCAUGGCAAGGGCAAACCCCACUCAAAUAAAGACGAUUACGACGAUGAUGAGGAUGUGAUUUUGGAAGAUAAUGAGCAAGCAAUGCUUACACUUCAUGACAUAAAGACCUCAGGUAAUAGAGGCGGUGAGAGCUACGGUCAUGGCACUAGCACUGCGCCAAUGAUUCCAGUAACAAUGACAAAGGAUCACGGCAAUAUGACUAAUAUGGAAUAUAGAAAACAUUUAUUUGCUCAAAGAAAAAUGGCAAUGAAUGCUGUAAACAAACAACAAAAGGGCAUGCCCUAUGAACCUAGAGCGAUGUCCCUGCAAACCUAUAAUAACGAGAGUCCCUUCAUACAGGGAAGAAUGGCUCCACACCCUCAAGGAUCCUCACCAAUUGUCACGAAUCGCGCAAACUCUCUGAUGCGUGGCCCUGAAAGCAUUCGUCAACAGCCACAGCAGCCUCAACAACAGUACAAAAAUUACUCACCUCACGAUAUACCGAGAUACAAUUCACUUCCAAGCAAUGGCCCUCGUUCUAUGUCUCUAUUAACUCCUCAGCCAGGACGCCAAGCAGGAAGUGCGUACCAAAUGCCAGGUCAGGUGCAAGCAUCAAAUGAGUUUCUAGCCGAUAGGCAACCUCGAACAGAAAUGUAUAUGGCGAAGAAUGCUUCAUGGUCAUCUGAUAAUGAAUCUAAACAAUACCAAACAUGGAAAUCUUCAGAUACUUCCUCUUCCAAUCCAUCAAAAUCCUUUGCUCCUUCAAACUCAGCACCGAGUGUUGGCGAUUUCCCAUCCAGUACCUUUCAUACCGAAUAUGGGUCUAAUACUGCUGCACCUUUAAAUAAUCAGCUUAACGUCCCACCUUUAACUCAGGCAAAGGGUCAAUUAAAUGUAUUAAAGCUUUCUGCGCCUCAGCAAAAUGAACUGGAAGCAAAAGCGCGGCUACUGAGCCAGAAAGAGAAGGAUCUGAAGGACAAGGAGUUGCGUAUACGUGAGAAAGAAGCUAGCUUUAAAAAUGGUCUACUCGAAAGUCGAGGAGGCAGUGUGGAUUCAGUUCAACAAGAAGAGUCACGUACGGUGCUGCCACAUAGCAGUCAGACUGAACAAGAGAUUGUAAAUGAAAAAGAUGAAAGGGAUGAGAGAGAUGACGGUGAUGAUCUAGAUAUACAGCCACAGCCUUCCCUCGAGGUAGGUCUAGGUUCUCUAUCGCUGCACAGUCGAGAUAAUGGCGAUUCAGGCCAACCAAGCAAUCGAAUUUCCAAUGCGACGUUUGUAUCAACCUUUAGCGAGUCUCCCCAGAAAGUAAACGUUCCUAAAAAAAGUACAGGAAUGUAUAAACUAGAAAAAAGUGCAAAUAAUAGCAUUUUUGUGACGGCUCAAGAAUUUCCAAAUGAUAUGGAGAAUAGAAGUGACACAAGUAGAGCAAGUACAGGAAAAGAGUUCAGCCGAAAAGAUUCUCCGAAUACGUCAACAGACUCAAUCGAUGAUGGAAAUUCUACGCUAAAAGGCUCCAUUGGUCGCGUUGAUGCUUCAAAAGAAUCUAUUGAUAGAAAAAACUCUAAUGCUUCUUCAGGUGCCAAGUUAAAGAAGCGCACUUCAUUUGUAAAGGCAAAAAAUUUUCUUAGAAAAAUGUCUUCUAGUUCUCCUACGAAGGGUGGUGAUGAAGAUUCGCAAUUAGCCUUGAGAAGAAGUCCAACUAAUAUCAGUAUAGAUAGUUUGCCAAGUUCAAACAAUGAUACUUUUCACUAUCGUACACAAAACAAAAAGACUGAUAACCGAAUAUCAGUUUUAUCCGCUUCUUCCAAAAAAAUGCCAGAUGAUCAGCAAAACAGCUCGAUACCGGAGACAGAUACUGAGGGUAGGACUGAGAGGCGAGAAAACAGCGACGUUUCUGAUCCCGAUGGAUUUGAUUUCGACAACACACUUGGUAAACCAUACGAACCGCUAUUUGCCGUUAAUAAAGAUAUUGAUACCAAAAAGUUCAGGACAAUAACGAUUUCUGGGGAGCAGCUGAAUAUCCUGAACGAAAAUAAACUGCUAAUGCAAGAAAUAACCCUCGUUUCAACUGAAUUAGCAGAGUCCAUCAAAAGAGAAACUAUUUUAGAGUCACAGCUGAAGGACUUAGCGCAUAACAAUUUUUCUCUUACAGAGAAUGACAGUACGUCACUUGCCGAAUUUGAAAUUGAACUACGUAAGAAAUCAGCAAAGAUCGUUCAACUUAUCCAGCAGCUGAAUGACGAAAGACUAAAAAGAUUUAUUGCUGAGGAGCAAUUGCUUUUACAAGAGAAUGGUGCUAAACCGAGCUCGAUUGACCUUGUGCACACUAUUUCCACACUUAAUACCCAACUACAGGAUAAAAACGCUGAGAUAUCAAUGCUGAGAGGCGCUCUUGAAAACAACACUACUAUCCGGUAA